GUCACUGUCAUUUAGUGUUAGUGUAUUAGGUUAUGUUUUGUUUAGUAUCGUCUUCCGACUUCCGAUGCUGAAAUAAGGAGUUUGAGAGCCAACCUGUAGGAAUAGGUUUGAUACGAUGAUAAUCUUUAAAAGGUUAUUGAAUAGCACUGUGACUUAAUAUGGUUAAAACAAAUGAGCAGAAGAAUCUAUGUUCACAGUUUUAGAAUAUGAACUAUUUUUGAUAAAGUAAACAUGCUCUGUUCUCUCGAAACAAGAGCUUCUGCUCUCAAUAGGAUAUCCCAAAAACGAUUAGGAGAAUUACUUAACAAAAUUCCAGGUCUAAAAGACUUUAUUAUAGAUCCAGUUUUAAUCAAGCCUUUGGAAAGGAUAAUUGGAGUUUCUCAGUUAAGAUUUCAUGGAAUCGAUAAAAUUUUCAAACUGGACUAUGGAAGUUCCAUACCUACAACAAACAGUCAAGUUGUUUACUUUGUCCAGUCAGAUCUUGUAAUGGCUAAACACAUAUGUGACCAGAUUAAUGCCCGAUUGAGGAAUACCGACAAUCUGAGCUAUCACAUCAUUUUGAUUCCUCAAAAACUGAUUUCCAUCUCCAAUCUGCUGGAGGAGGAAGGGGUUUUGGGCCAUGUCACUCUGUAUGGCUUCCAGUGGGAGAUGAUUCAGUUCGAUGGCAACAUUCUAUCUUUCCAGCUGGACAGUUUUUACCGUAAAACAUUCCUUGAUCAAGACCAGCUCUUUCUGCCUUGUGUUGCCAGAUCGAUUUGGGGUUUGCAGAUGCUCUACGGAAAACCGUCAAUGACGUUCUUGCAGGGAAAAUACGCUGCAAUAGUGGAUCAACAGAUAGACAUUUUAUUUGAAAGUUACGGAAAACCAGAAAGAGAACUGUCAGAUAUUUCAUGUUUCGUAAUUGUGGACAGAGACAUCGACUAUCCAAGUGUUCUUUUGACACCUGGCACAUACACAAGCCUACUACAUGAAGUUUUCGGAAUCAAAAGUGGUGUUCUUGACUUCAGUUUGGAUACACAAAACAGUAAACCUCGGGGCGGUCGGUUACUCAGUAGUACAGAAGAAAUUUACAGCCAGAUAAAGCAUAGACAUUUCUCUGAUGUUUUUGGAUUUCUAAGUAAAGUCGCUAAAAAUUUACAAGAACUAAAACCUACCGCAAACAUGAAUUUAAAAGAUUUAAAGCGCAACAUAACACAGGAAUUACCGAAUGCAUUAGCUUUAAAAAGCAGUUUAGCAUACCACAUAAGUGCUUGUGAAGGUAUUAUUGGAAAGAUGGGACCAAGAUUUGAGAGUACGCAGGCAGCGGAGCAAAGGAUGUUGGAGGGUCGAGGGAGAAAAGAAAAUAUCUCUUAUAUAGAAGACUGCAUAGCUAUGAAUCUCGGGGGAAAUUUAAGUCCUUUACGGCUACUUUGCCUUCAGUCUGUCACACAAGAUGGUCUGACUGUAGAUGAAAUCAACAAUUUGAAAAUUCAGUAUCUUCACGCUUACGGAUAUAAACACCUGACCAGUUUUCACAACUUGGACAAGCUCGGGUUAUUGACACAACAGUCAACUUUACUGUCCAACGAUGUAACAGCAGGAGCAUUGGCUAACAAAGUAGUCCAUGCUGUUUCUCUUCCUACAAGACGCAGUACUUUCUAUUCUCUUGCCCAGAAACUUAAGCUUUUCCCCACAGUAAAGGACGAUUACGAUUUGAAAAAUCCAAAAGACAUGAGUUAUGUUUUUAAUGGUGCCUAUAUUCCUCUAGUGUGUCAAAUUGUACAUAUGCUUAUUAAACGAGAAGUUGUACCAGAAGAAGUGGCUAAAAUGUUGCUCAACGCAAAAGUAAAAAUGGAUAAGACAAAUGACAUAGCUCCCAGGACAUUUCUGGUUUACUUUAUAGGGGGUGUCACUUACUCUGAAAUUGCUGCAUUCUACUUAUUGGAAAAGUUGACUGGGACUCAGAUUCUUGUUGCAGGGACAUCAAUUUUAAAUGGCAACUCCCUGAUCGAGUCAUGUUUGUGAUUUAGUCAGUAUAAUGUGUUAUAUUUAACUGUAAACUUUCAAAAUAUUGUAAAUACUUGUACAUUUUUAUUAUUUUCCAAAUUAAAUUUGUAUACUAUUGAAAAA